AAACGCAAAGUCAAAAUCCAAAGCGCACAGAGAGAGGAAAUGGAUGACCGCAUACUAGCGAGGGAGAGGCACCAGAUGGAACAGAUUCGAGAGCUCGAUCUCGAGGAAUUGCAGGUGGAAGAGGUCGAUGGCCUCCACGACUCAUCCGACGAUGACCUUGGCGCCAUUGACCGUGGCUAUGCUGGCGCUGCCUCAUCUAGUGAAUUUACAUUCAACACCAGUUUGGCUUCGUUACAUAAAUAUCUUGGCGAGGUCGAAGACACACACCAUAGGAUGGCCUUCUUGGAAGGCGGUGCUGUCAUGAACCUCCCACUUUUUUAUCUUGAAGGAGUUGUUUUGUUCCCGGAAGCCACCCUUCCCCUAAGAGUUAUUCAGCCAAAUUUUAUAGCUGCAGUUGAGAGAGCAUUAACCCAAGUUGAUGCUCCUUAUACUAUUGGUGUGGUCCGUGUUCAUAGCGACCCUAAUGAUGGAAGAUUAAGGUUCGCAUCGAUUGGGGCAACAGCAGAGAUUCGACAAUACCGGCGGUUAGAGGAUGGCUCAUUGAAUGUGGUUACUCGUGGCCAGCAGAGAUUUCGUCUAAGGCGACGUUGGGUUGAUGUGGAAGGAGCGCCAUGUGGAGAGGUCCAAAUUAUCCAGGAAGAUCAGCCAUUAAGGACUCCAUGUGAUGCAUUUGGAAAAUUGACACCAUUUAGUAAUCGUCGGAGCCACAAUCUCUCACAUAUGCAGCCUUUAAAUGCUUCUCGUGCGAAAAUGCAUCGAUUUAGGGAUGAGGACAGUGUUUCGGAGUCAAAUUCCGAAGAUAGCUUUGAAAGUGCGCUCUCCCUUGCAGAAAGGAGAAUCCACCAUUCAGCUGUUGAUUCUUGUUAUGGAUGUGAUAUAAUGGAUGAAUCAACAAGCAGUGAUGAUGACAUUUUGUGUGAGUCAGACCUACAAUUAAGAAGGCCUUUCCUAAAUGACUCUAAAUCCAUUGGAUCAUUGCAUGCAGACCACGAGAAACAAAUUGAAAAUGCUGAAUUAGCUUUGGGGAACAGUUCUACAUCAAGAAGGCAAUCUUGCAAAGGAAAAGAGCCUGAUAGGUCUUGGGAAAGAACCAAUUUCAACCAGUUCCGCAGAGUUCCAAGAGCAUUCUGGCCCUUUUGGGUAUACCGUAUGUAUGACUCCUAUUGCCUUGCUGAAAGGGCUGCAGAUUUGUGGAAAAAGAUAGUUGGGGCACCCAGCAUGGAUGGUCUUAUUAGGAGGCCCGAUCUUUUGUCAUUUUAUGUUGCCAGUAAAAUCCCUGUUUCAGUAUCUACAAGGCAGGAGCUUCUGGAGAUUGAUGGGAUUUCAUAUAGAUUGCGAAGGGAAAUUGAGUUGCUUGAGAGCGUCAAUCUUAUUCAAUGUAAACACUGUCAGACUGUAAUCGCCAGGCGGAGUGAUAUGUUGGUCAUGUCUACUGAAGGUCCUCUUGGUGCUUAUGUGAACCCACACGGUUAUGUACAUGAGAUAAUGACUCUCUACAAAGCAAAUGGCUUAGCACUACGGGGGCGACCGCAAUUAGAAUACAGCUGGUUCCCUGGGUAUGCAUGGACAAUCACAAAGUGUGCCACUUGUGAAACCCAAAUGGGGUGGCGAUUUACAGCCACUAACAAGAAGUUGAAGCCCAGAUCGUUUUGGGGCAUUAGGAGUUCCCAAGUUGCAGAUGACAUGCAGUAACACACUGAAAUGUUUAGGUGCUUCUCUGAAUUUUCCAGUCACUAUGUAAUGAGAUUAGUGUGUAUAUGGCUUCGUCUGUCUAUCUUGCUAUUGAUUCCUAUGAUAGCA